CCUUACUCCCCGCAGACAGGGUAACCGGAGGGGGGCUGUGGGACACGGACAGGCUGCCAGUCUCCGUACUACAGACCGGCUGGGGGAGCGGCGCUGUGUGACGUAUCAGAAGCUGCCGGUAUAAAAGCGCUGCUGAGUCGCUCCCCCCGGCGCACUCCGGAGCUGUUAGCGGCUGCUGCGCCUCACGGAUCGGAGCGCUCGGAACACGAAGCUCCGGGACUUCCCGGGACUCCCCAUUGUCUCCUGUCUGACAUCCCAGCUCCAUCCCCGGCAGCCAAUGAGAGCCGGCCUCAUGUUCUAUCCUUCUUGGCUGCUCCAUCCCGGGUCCCAUUGAGUCCCGGUGCGGGCAUGCUGCUGGGGGCUGCCGGGCUGCCAUUGGCUUCUCCUCAUGUUCUCUUUGGGCUGGAGAAAGUCUGCGACCCUGCGAUCAUGCCCGGACCCAGGAGCGACCCUGCCCAGAAACUUUGCGCCCCAUGGUGGAGCAGGGCAGGGGCCAGACGGAAGAUGAAGUGAGUGGGUACCGGGAUGCCAUGCCUUAGGGCUGUGAGUGCUGCUGCCUGUGCUGAUGCCCAUGCUGCCGGACAGUAGGAUGGAAUGGAACAUUACAGUGUCCGCUAAUGGGAGCGCAGGGGCAGACUCCUGGGGCAAACACCGCUUCUCUGUCUUCAGCGUCCUCAUCUUAACUCUGCUGGCCAUGCUGGUGAUUGCCACCUUCCUAUGGAACGUCCUAGUGCUGGUCACCAUCCUCAGGGUGAGAACCUUCCACAGGGUGCCCCAUAAUCUGGUGGCCUCCAUGGCCAUAUCAGACGUGAUGGUGGCUGCCUUGGUGAUGCCUUUAAGCUUGGUACAUGAGCUGAAUGACAGGCGCUGGAGGCUGGGCAGGGUGCUGUGCCACAUCUGGAUCUCCUUUGAUGUCCUCUGUUGCACGGCCAGCAUCUGGAAUGUGACCGCCAUCGCCCUGGACAGGUAUUGGUCCAUCACCAGGCACCUGGAAUACACUCUAAAGACCAGAAAGAGGAUCUCCAAUAUCAUGAUCCUUCUCACUUGGCUCCUUUCUGCUGUUAUAUCCCUGUCCCCUCUGUUUGGCUGGGGGGAGACCUAUUCAGAGGUGAAUGAAGAGUGCCAAGUGAGCCAGGAGCCCUCCUACACCAUCUUCUCCACCUUUGGGGCAUUUUAUCUCCCGCUUUGCGUUGUUUUAUUCGUCUACUGGAAAAUCUACAAAGCUGCCAAAUUUCGUAUCGGCUCCAAGAAGACAAACACAAUAACGCCAAUGCCCGAAGUGAUCGAGGUGAAGGAAGCCUCCCACCAACCUCAGAUGGUCUUCACUGUCCGACAUGCGACUGUCACUUUCCAGACAGAUGGGGACACAUGGAGGGAACAGAAAGAGAAAAAAGCUGCCUUGAUGGUCGGGAUCCUCAUUGGGGUCUUUGUCCUCUGCUGGAUCCCCUUCUUUAUAACGGAAUUAAUCAACCCUCUAUGUUCCUGUGACAUCCCCCCUAUCUGGAAAAGUAUAUUCUUAUGGCUGGGGUACUCAAACUCCUUCUUCAACCCCUUGAUCUACACAGCCUUUAAUAAGAAUUACAACAAUGCUUUCAGAAACUUGUUCUCCAGGCAGCGGUGAUGGCUCACUUACUGGUCAGUAUCUAGAGGCCUUCAGGUCUUCGUGGUCUUCAUCUCAUGGACUUUUUAGCCAUGGACAAUGUGCCUAUCUGGCCCCGAUGGAUGCAACGCAACUGAAUGAUAGUUAAUGAGAGUUGGUUCUUCUCACACAAGGAGUCGACAUCUAUUCCAAGGUCAUCAAGGUCAAGGUUGUCCCAGCAGCUCUGUUCCUGGAGAUAAAUCAGUUGGAUAUGCCUAAUGACUGGCCAUCACAAGCCCAUAUAUAACCCCUGCUUGCCUUCCACUUGCCCUGACAUCGGUAGAACUCUGCCAUCAGCUGCUCCCUAUCCUCUCGGAGCAUCAAAGAUGGAAUAAAAAUUUCUACUAUGGAAUUAUGGGACAGAAUGGCCUCCAUUGUAUACUUACUUUCCAAGAGCUUCUGAAGCAGCUGUUGACUCUCUAAUGUGUAUGAAUAAGUGUAUCGGCUUGAAUGAUCAUGUAUGAAAGGCACAGUUCUUGGGACUUUUUCACUCUUUAUUGAUUAAUAAAUAGACAGUGAAAUAUGGA